AUGAACUGUAUAUCAGACUUCUUCACCUAUGAGACCACCAAGUCGGUGGUUGUGAAGAGCUGGACCAUUGGGAUCAUCAACCGAGCCGUUCAGCUUCUGAUCAUCUCCUACUUUGUGGGGUGGGUUUUCCUGCAUGAGAAGGCUUACCAGGUGCGGGACACUGCCAUCGAGUCCUCGGUGGUGACCAAGGUGAAGGGCUUCGGACGCUAUGCCAACAGAGUCAUGGACGUGUCUGAUUACGUGACUCCACCCCAGGGCACCUCUGUCUUUGUCAUCAUCACCAAGAUGAUCGUUACUGAAAACCAGAUGCAAGGGUUCUGCCCAGAGAACGAAGAGAAAUACCGCUGUGUGUCUGACAGCCAGUGCGGGCCCGAGCGCUUUCCUGGUGGGGGCAUCCUCACUGGCCGCUGUGUGAACUACAGCGCUGAACUUCGGACCUGUGAGAUCCAGGGCUGGUGCCCCACCGAAGUGGACACGGUGGAAAGGCCCAUCAUGAUGGAAGCUGAAAACUUCACCAUCUUCAUCAAGAACAGCAUCCGCUUCCCCCUCUUCAACUUCGAGAAGGGGAAUCUGCUGCCCAACCUGACAGCCAGGGACAUGAAGACAUGCCGCUUCCACCCAGACAAGGCCCCCUUCUGCCCCAUCCUACGGGUGGGGGAUGUGGUCAAGUUUGCGGGGCAGGAUUUUGCCAAACUGGCCAGCACGGGCGGCGUUCUGGGCAUCAAGAUCGGCUGGGUGUGUGACUUGGACAAGGCCUGGGACCAGUGCAUCCCCAAAUACUCCUUCACCCGGCUGGACGGCGUUUCUGAGAAGAGCAGCGUCUCCCCAGGCUACAACUUCAGGUUUGCCAAGUAUUACAAGAUGGAGAACGGCAGUGAGUACCGCACCCUGCUCAAGGCGUUCGGCAUCCGCUUCGACGUGCUGGUAUAUGGGAAUGCAGGCAAGUUCAACAUCAUCCCCACCAUCAUCAGCUCCGUGGCAGCCUUUACAUCCGUGGGAGUGGGAACUGUUCUCUGUGACAUCAUCCUGCUCAACUUCCUCAAGGGGGCCGACCAGUACAAAGCCAAGAAGUUCGAGGAAGUGAACGAGACAACACUGAAGGUCACUGCCUCGGCCAACACCAUGGACCCCAGUGACCAGACCACGGAGGAGAAGCAGUCCACAGAUUCCGGAGCCUUCUCCAUUGGCCACUAG